AUGAAGCUGCCAGUGUCCCUCGUCUCGCAACUGCGGUGCACAGCACGGCACAACUUUUUCCGAGGAAACAUGGCCCUACUGCACUCGUCUGCUAGCAGCACGGCAGCCGCCGGAUCGGGAGACUAUCGGAUCGAGUCUGACACAUUUGGUGAACUCAAGGUGCCGAGCGACAAAUACUAUGGAGCACAGACUAUGCGUUCUAUGCUCAAUUUCGACAUCGGUGGCGAGAACGAAAGGAUGCCGUUCCCAGUCAUCAAAGCUUUUGGCAUCCUCAAAAAAGCUGCGGCCAUUGUGAACAAGGAGUAUGGCCUGGACUCUAAGCUGGCGGACGCCAUCUCACAAGCGGCCGAUGAGGUGAUUGACGGGCGGUUAAAAUCGCACUUCCCACUGGUCAUCUGGCAAACGGGCUCGGGCACCCAGUCCAACAUGAAUGUCAACGAGGUCAUUGCCAAUCGGGCCAUCGAAAUGCUUGGGGGCAAGCUUGGAAGCAAGAGCCCUGUUCAUCCUAACGACCACGUCAACAAAAGCCAGAGUUCAAACGACACGUACCCGACAGCCAUGCACAUUGCGGUUGCCAUGGAGAUCGACACGCUCCUUUUGCCGGCACUCAAGAAGUUGCUCGACGCACUUCGCACCAAGUCCCGGGAGUUCGACGACAUUAUCAAGAUUGGCCGUACUCACACUCAGGAUGCUGUGCCUCUGACCUUGGGCCAGGAAUUUGGCGGUUACGCUACCCAAAUUGAAUACGGCAUUGAGCGCGUUAAAGCGACGCUUCCACGUCUAUACUACCUCGCUGCGGGUGGCACGGCUGUCGGCACAGGCCUCAACACGAGGAUAGGCUUUGCCGAGAAGGUGGCCGAAAAGGUCUCUCAGUUUACGGGCCUGCCCUUUGUGACGGCACCGAACAAGUUCGAAGCGCUUGCCGCCAAUGAUGCCAUGGUCGAGGUGUCUGGCGCGCUGAACGUGCUUGCUUGCAGCUUGAUGAAGAUAGCCAACGACAUCAGGUUCCUCGGAUCGGGACCACGGUGCGGUUUCGGCGAGCUCUCUCUGCCCGAAAACGAGCCGGGAAGCAGCAUCAUGCCAGGCAAGGUGAACCCGACACAGUGCGAGGCUGUCACUAUGGUAGCCUGCCAGGUCAUGGGGAACCACGUUGCUGUCACUGUUGGGGGUAGCAAUGGCCACUUCGAGCUGAAUGUGUUCAAACCACUGAUCGUGUCCAACGUGCUUCGCUCUGUGCGGCUCCUUGCAGACUCUAGCGUCUCCUUCACGGACCACUGUGUGGUCGGCAUCGUGCCGAACAAGGAGCGCAUCUCCAAGCUGCUCAACGAGUCGCUUAUGCUGGUGACGGCGUUGAACCCGCACAUCGGCUACGACAAGGCGGCCAAAAUUGCCAAGACGGCGCACAAGGAGGGCACCACGCUCAAGGAGAGUGCCGUCAAGCUCGGAUACCUGACCGCAGAGGAAUUCGACAAGUGGGUCCAGCCCAAGGACAUGCUGGGACCCAAGUGAAGGGCACAUAUGCUGGGAAGUAUACCAAGCCGUCAACGUUUCACAAGGGUGCACCGGUGACAGUGUUCCUCUGUUCAUACGGGAACACCUUUCUUUGUCUUCUCAUCUCGUCGAAUCCGCGCUUGAAAGUACCACACUGCCGUCUGUGCACCCGAGUGCAUUUACUCUGCUCCGGUUCGCACGCUGUGCUUUGACUUCUGGUUGCGAGGACUGACCAAAGACUCAGCAAUGUACAUCUUUCUGUAGACGAGUUAUGCGUCGUUUUGUGUUACGAACGAUGAUUUUGUGGAAUGAAGGAGUCUGGAUGCAAUGUC